CCCUUUAGGUGGCUCAGUAUUUUAUUUUCCCCUCUUUCACUCUCCACACAAUUUCUCUCUACAAAGUCCGUCUUGUUUCUUUCUUUCUUUGCUCCUCAGUCACUGUAGCACUACCACACUCCAUAGCUAUGGCUUUCAGAGCUAGGGUUGGAGGGGGAAAUGCCUCUUCUGGAAUGGGUGUUGCUGAGCAAAGCGUAAGCACAUUCCUGGAACUGCAGAAGAAGAAAAUACAUCGAUAUGUUAUUUUCAAAAUUGAUGAGAAUAAGAAAGAGGUUGUGGUCGAAAAAACUGGAAGCCCUGCUGAGAGCUAUGAAGAUUUCACUGCAUCCUUGCCUGAGAACGAUUGCAGAUAUGCUGUCUUUGACUUUGACUUUGUGACACCUGAGAACUGCCAAAAGAGCAAAAUCUUUUUUAUUGCAUGGUCUCCUUCUGUAGCCCGAAUUCGCCCUAAGAUGCUUUAUGCAACAUCGAAAGACAGGUUCAGAAGGGAGCUGCAGGGAAUACAUUAUGAGAUUCAGGCAACAGACCCAACGGAGAUGGAUCUCGAAGUCCUCCGAGACCGUGCAAACUGAGCACCUACACAAGCUGAAAGGGUUAUAUCUGGGUGACGUAGUUAGGAUAUCUGAGGCCUCAGGGAAUGUGGUUGACUGAUACCCUUGAGUUUUAAUAUGGUCUUUAAUCUGUUCUGGCACAUUUUACAUAAAUAGAUUAGUUUGAAAGUACAUAAUCUACACCUUUGAAGGCUGAUUAAGGGUUCCUUCCUCAGAAACCUCAGUGCCGGGGAAUUUGAGCUCUUUCUUACUACCAUGAUGCUUCUCAGGUGCAGAUUAAUAUGACCAUGGGUAUUGAAAAUUUGACUUAUGUUCUAUAAAAUUUUAAUUCUGUCAAUGGAGGCAUUUUGUGAA